CCGCUAUUGGGUUACACGGCAAAAGCUACUGAUUGCUGAUAAUAGUAUCCAGAGAAAUGGCUGAAGCUUCUGCGCCCCGGCGCACGCCGGUAACAAUGCUUAGCGGCUUUCUAGGCGCAGGCAAAACCACGCUGCUGCGUUAUGUGCUGGAGAACACGACGGAGAAGAUCGCAUGCAUCGUUAACGACGUCGCGGCGAUUAACGUCGAUGCAAAGCUGGUUCGCAACGAUAAGAAUCGUGGUGGAACUAACACGACUGCUGAUCUGACCGACACGAUCGAGCUCGCCAACGGAUGUGCAUGCUGCAACAUCCAGGACGAGCUGUUCGCGUCCUUCGAGCAGGUGCUGGCGCUGGCUGACAAGCGGGGAGAGCCGUACACCAGGAUCGUGUUGGAGAACAGCGGGGUGGCUGAGCCGCAGAACAUCCGCGACAAGUUCAAUGAGGCGGCGGCGGAGGGCCAUCCCCUGCUAGAGCGAGUGGAGCUGGACACCAUGGUGACGCUGGUGGACUGCGGCUCCUUUCUGAAGGACUGGGCCACCCGCGCCUGCCUGGCUCAGCGCCCCGACCUGGGCGAGGGCGGAGGACUGCGGCCCGUGGUGGAUCUGCUGGUGGAGCAGAUCGAGUGUGCCGACUUUGUGAUCCUGAACAAGACGGACAUGUUGGGUGAGGCGCAGCGCGAGGAGCUGGCGGCCAUCGUGGCGUCGCUGAACCCGCUGGCCACUGUCAUUCCAUGCACGCAGGGCAAGAUCCCCAUCGAGCGGGUGUUUGGGUCGCAGGUUCGCAGUGUGGUGGCUCACCUGAACAUCGAGGGACAGCACCGGGGGGCGGUGGCGGCGGCGAAAAGCAGGAGGGCGCAAGAGGAGGCAGAUGCAGAGGCGGCUAAGAAGAAGGAGGAGGAGGAGCACCACCAUCACCACCACCAUCACCACCACGACCACGAUCACAAGCACGACCACCACCACCACCACGAGCAUGGCAAGGAGGAGGAGGGCUGCCAGGCCUGCAAGCACGAGCACGGAGAGCACGGUGAGCACAAGCACCACCACCACCACCACCACCAUGAGGAGCACAGCCAUGCGGACCACGACAAGCAUGCGGACUGCAAGGCGUGUCAGGAGGAGGAGGCGGGUCACGUGCACAGCCAUGCAGACCAUGACAAGCACGAUGACUGCAAGGCCUGUGCGAUGGAGGCGGAGGGCGCAGGUCACAAGCACCACCACCACCACCACCACCACAAGCACGAGCGCGGGGAGACGCGGGCGGCGCAGCGGUUCGGCAUCAGGAACUUCGUGUACUCGCGUCGCCGGCCCUUCCACCCGCAGAGGCUGAAGGAGAUGGUCCUCAAAUGGCUGCCCGUGACGGUCAACGCGGCCAUCGACGGGGAGGCGCCCGAGAUGGGGGACAGCCCAAUCAAGACAGUCAUGCGCAGCAAGGGCUUCAUGUGGCUGUCGUCCUCUCACGCCACCGCCUACUACUGGUCGCAUGCGGGGCAGCACUUCGAGAUCCGCGACGAGGGCGACUGGUGGGCCGCAGUGCCGCCCGAGGACUGGCCGCAGGACGCGGCGCAGCGGGAGAUAAUUCUGAACGACUUCGAUGCCAGCACCAACCUGGGGGACAGGCGGCAGGAGAUCGUGUUCAUUGGAGUUAACAUGGAUGAGGCCAAGAUCAGCGCCCAGCUGGACGGGGCGCUGCUGAGUGAGGAGGAGAUGGGGCGCUACCUGGAGAGGUGGGGAGCCACACCCGACCCAACCAACCCUGAGGUGGAGGCCCGGCGGGCGGCCAAGGGCACCAGCACGGCCGCAGCGGUGGAGGCGCCGGCAGUGGCGGCACCGUAGGCCCUCUCCCCUGUUGCCGCCUCUCUGCCCGGCUGCAGCUGUGGUUGCCUGGUUGCCGACCACGCGAACGGCUGCUAUGAGGGUCGUGGUGGGGUGCGGUGGCGGCUGGCCGCAUACGUCGGUGGUGCAGGCUAGGUACAUUUGCUGUUCGCUGUCGCUGUGCCUGGAGUUUGCCUUUUGGAUGCGGAUGUGGGUGAGUGGUGGAAGGAGGGUUUGGAGCGGGGCUGGCUUCUUUGGUACCUGGUCGGGAAGGCAGGCCGGAAUAUGUGGGUGUGGUUUGUGUGGGUUGGCG